AUCUCUAGUUUCUUCACUUUCGUUUUCGUGACGUCUCAGCAGGCUUGUUUCAGCAGAAAAGAAGAGCUAUAUUCAGCACAUCCUCGUGAAAUGAGCAACGAAAACAUGGAAGCAAAUCUCAGGCAGCUGGAGUGUCUUUUUACAUGGGGUGUAGAAAAAUCCGACAUAAGGGAUUUGAACAGUUUACCAGACAAACUCCAUGACAGGAUCACAUUUUUUCCACAAAAGUACCAUGCCACUUAUUUCAACCUUCUAGCUUUUAUUAGCCACUUGGAGGGUAAAACCGAGUGUGCGCUGGACUACCUUCAGAAGGCUGAAUUGGCAUUAAAGGAAGAAAAGCACAAGGAAGCUGAGUUCCUGGUGACAUUCUCCAGCUUUGCAUGGGUGUACUAUCACUUACAGAGGCUAAAUGAUGCAGACGAUUACUUGAACAAAGUGAAACGUAUCUGCAAGGACAUAACAGGUUCAUCAGAUUACUCCUGCAGCUUGCCUGUAGUUCAUGGUGAGAAAGCCUGGAGCUUUCUGAGACUUGGAGCAACAUUCUAUGACCAAGCAAAAGAGAGUUUCUCUAAGGCUCUUGAGGCAGAACCAGACAACAUUUUGUUUAAUGUGGGCUACGCAAUAGUGCUUUACAGGAUAGACGGCAUAAACCAAGCAGAAGACACGGGAACAGUCAUCCAACAGCUUAGAAAAGCUCUCAGCUUAGAGCCCACAAACACUGAGAUCAUGGUACUUUUGGCUCUGAAACUCCAGAGGUCAAGAAGACAGGAAGCCCAGCACCUUAUAAAAGAGGCCCUCAGGAUGUCUCCUGAUGUUCCACAAGUAACCAGAUACGUGGCCAAAUACUUCAGGGCUGAGGGAUCCAUUGAAGAGUCACUGUGUGUCCUCAAGAGGGCAGUAGAGCUUGCUCCAAACUCGUCCUUUCUGCACCAUCAAAUUGGCAUUUGUCAUAAACAACAGCUUAUUCAGAUGUCUGAGGAGAGGAGGGCCGGGAGGCGCAUUCCUGAGGCUCAAAAAGCCUCAAUGGUGGCUAAAUGUAUCCAACACUUCGCAAAGGCUGUAGAGCUAAAGCCUAGCAACAUUUAUGGCAAAGUGAAUUUGGCAGCGGCAUAUGGCGAGAACCGGCAAUUUGGCGAGGCAGAGAAGAUCUUUAGCAACCUGAUAGAUGACAACACUCUCACUGAGUCUGAUAAGCAGCACUGCCACACAUGCUAUGGUUUGUUCUUGCUCUACAAGAAAAAGAAUGAAGACAAAGCAGUCGAUCAGUUCAAGGCAGCAUAUAUGAUUCCUGCCAACACCUAUGACAGGAAACAAGCUGGCAAGAAGCUCAGACUGAUAGCAGAGAGGAAUCUCAAUGCCAAGAAGAAAGUCAGAGAAGCAUCUGAGAUUUUGGCCUUCAUAUCUUCUGAAGACAAGGAGGAAACUAAAGCAAAAUAGAAUUUGCCCAGCAGCAACACUACUCAUACUGAGGAGCUGUCAAAAAACUGCUAAGGCACUGACAUUCUGACUAAUUUCUUGCUUGUACAUGUAUUUAUCAAAAAAAGCUUUAAUAAGACUACUAAUAUUCACUUCAUUCAUAAGCACUAAGAAUAUUUGCAGGACACAAUGUCAUAAGCUAGAACAGUACAAAAUAUCAGAAAUAAAAUUAAAACAAGUAAAUAAAAACAUUAACUAACUCUUACUAACUCUACUAACACUAACUAAUCUCAGACCAUCACUGCUUCUUCUCACUCAAACAUCAAAAUAAACCAAAUUAUCAUUGGGAUCAGGAAACUAAAACACAAGUAAAUUACAAUUGAUGAAAUGCACGGAAAUUUUCUUAAGAACUUCCGCAAUUAUAUAAGUUAGCUGGAAACCUUCUGGGGAAAUGUCACUUUUUGGUGUGGCGUUAUCUUCAUUGUCCUGAGGGAGCAUUAACAGCAUCAAUAAUGUAAUACUUAGUUUAUAAUAAGAAUAAAGUCACUUUAAUAUCAGGCCUAGCCUUAUACUAGUAGCAUGAAUAGUAAGGCCUAGCAUUACUAGCAUGAAUGGUCAGGCCUAGCAUUACUAGCACAAAUAAUCAGGCCUAGCAUUACUAGCAUGGAUAGUCAGGCCUAGCAUUACUAGCAUGAAUAGUUAGGCCUAGCUUUACUAGCAUGAAUAAUCAGUCCUAGCGUUACUAGCAUUAAUAGUCAGUCCUAGCGUUACUAGCACAAAUAGUCAAGCCUAGCGUUGCCGUUACUAGCAUGAAUAGUCAGGCCUAGCGUUACUAGCAUGAAUAGUCAGGACUAGCAUUACUAGCAUGAAUAGUCAGGUCUAGCGUUACUAGCAUGAAUAGUCAGGCGUUACUGUGGAAGCAGAGCAGGGCUGAGAGCCAGAGAUAUGUUGCUGUUUUUAUUCCGCAUAUUAGUCAGCUCCUUUUGUUUAGGCAUAUUUCAUGAUCAAAGUUAUGAUUAAAUAAUAUUUUAUUAUCAAAUUACUAACCCUAACCCUAACUAGAACUUUGUUACAGUAAGGUGUACAGGAUGAACAA